UCACAAAUCACAUUGAACACAACUUCAUUUUGACGCCUACACUUUUUUUAGCUGUCGUUUUUAGAUUGAAAAGAAAAUAAAAAAAUAAAGAAAAACAAAUCUGUGAUAAAAUAGAACUUCUUCUUCUUCAGAUAUGAGAAUAAAAAAACAUUAUAUCAUUGUUUGGCUAAUAAAAUUGUGAUUGUGUAUUUUCGUACAAAAAAAAAAGAUUAAAAAAAAAAACAACAAAAAACAAGAAGAAGAACAAAAGAAGAGAAACCCACUUUUUUUUAAAUGUCACAUAUUUGAAUAAAAAAGUGCGUACGUAAAUCACAACACGUAACAUUUUUUUUAUAUUCUUCUUCUGAUUAAAAAAGAAGAGAAGAUAGUUCAAAUCAAUUGAACUUAAAAUGGCAUCGGAAACGAUUGUCCAAAGUCAAGGAGGAGGCGGCUUGAUUGCAAAUCUUGCCGAAUUGUCUGGAGCACCCGAACCUGCACUCAGAUUAUUGUUGUCAAUUUUAUUUGGUUACCCGAUAGCUGCUCUCCAUCAGUUAUGUGUGCGAAAACUCGAACCACUUUUGCAACAUAUUUUCUUUGCAACUUGUGGAUUCGCUUUAUGCUAUUUCAACUACGGCACUGAUUCCUAUCACAGUGUAAUUGCAAUAUGGGUAACCUAUUUGUUAGUUCGCCUCCUCCAUCAUGCACCCCAACAGUUAUUAAUAAUAAACUUCCUAUUCCAUAUGAGUUACCUCAUAAUUGGUUAUAUCUUCACUGAAAGCAAUGAUUACGAUAUAAUUUGGACGAUGCCACAUUGUGUUCUUGUGUUGCGAUUAAUUGGAUUCGGAUUUGAUAUAUCCGAUGGUCAGAAGCCACGUGAACAAUUGUCAAAUGAUCAAAAAGAAACGGCUUUGUCUUAUAUACCAUCGUUGAUUGAACUUACCGCCUAUACAUUCUUCCCAGCUGCAUUUUUGGUUGGGCCACAAUUUCCUUUUAGACGAUAUCAGCGAUUUAUUGGGGGUGAAUUCCAUGAGCAUGAUGGUGCUGUGAAUGCUGGACUUAAACGUGGUGGAGUUGGUUUAUUGUAUUUGAUAGUACGACAAUUGGGAGCGACUUUGUUGCCAGAUAGCUAUCUUAUGACGGAGGCAUUCCGCAAUCAAUCGAUGCUUACAAAACUAUUCCAAGUAGGAAUUUGGGGUAAAAUUGCAUUGUACAAAUUCAUAUCAUGUUGGUUACUUGUCGAAGGAGCACUUAUGUGUACAGGAUUUACUUAUGCUGGAAAAACUUCUGAUGGAAAAUCCGAUUGGUCUGGAUGUUCAAAUAUAAAACUUAUUCUGCUUGAAACAGGAAGUAAAAUGGCUCAUUAUGUGCAAUCGUUCAAUGUGAAUACAAACAGCUGGGUGGCUCAGUAUAUUUAUAAACGACUUAAAUUUCUUAACAAUCGUAUGAUAAGCUAUGUGGCAGCGUUAGCAUUUUUAGCUGUUUGGCAUGGAUUCCAUAGUGGUUAUUAUAUAGCAUUUGCUAUGGAAUAUGCCAUUAUUACAUUUGAAAAACAAUGUGAGACGAUUUAUGCCAAAGAUGUAAUCCCAAAAUAUGGCGAUAUUCUCAACAAUUCUAAAGCCUGCAAGGUCAUUUCGUUUGUAUUGUUAAAAAUCUAUAAUAUUAUGUUUAUGGGUUGGUGUUUAAUACCAUUUAUUUUAUUAAGUUAUGAUCGUUACAUGUAUGUGUAUUCUACUCUGGGUUAUUAUGGAUUUGUUAUGUUGGCUUCUUGGCUCAUAGUUUAUAAUGGUUAUAAAUUUUCAAGAAAGUCAAAUAAAACAGACAAAACGUCAUCCAAUGAGCCAGAGAAAAAACAAAAUUAAUUAAAAACAAACAAAAAAAAUAAUUUAGAUAACGACGAUUUCCUCGUUCUUUAACAAAAAAAACAAAAACAAAAACAAAUAAAAAAAAAACGAAAAAAAGAAAAAGAAAUACAAUGCAUUAAUUGUGUAUUGUGUUGUUUCGAAUAUCUGAUAUGUAUUUUAACUUUAACAAAGAACUCUUUUAAAAAGUCAUAAAUAUAAUUUUAUUUAUUUAUUUACAAUAACACAAAGAAAACUAAUCGACACACUAAGAAAUAUAGUAGGUUUAUGUAUAACAACCACAAAUAGAGAGAAUCAUUUUUAAAUAUUAAUUUAUUUUUUUGGAUAAAAAAAAGAAGAGCAAGAAAAAUGAUACAACAAUCUACAAUUUACUAAUGCAAUGUUAUGGAGUAUUAUAAUUUCGUUAAUUUAAAAACAAGUCGCUUUUACUUUUAAAAUGUCAAUUUUCAGCAAGUCUCUUAUGUUAUUUUUUUUUUUUAUUUUUAAAUGCAUUUCUUUGAACUAAAAUAAUUGUGAUUCAUUUAAUUUAAAAAAAAAAACACCUUUGAUACCAAUUUUUAAUUUGCAUUUUUUUUUCAACUGUUUUUAAGGAAAAUUAUACCAUUUUAUUUUAAAUACUUGUACCUUAUAUACGAAAACGAUAUGGAUAAAUACUCGUAGACUUAAUGCAGAACUAGCGAUAAGACUUUUUUUUGCUAGAAAACUCAACGAAACCAGUGUACUUAGUCGAAAUAUUUUGAAGCUAUCUAACCAGUUCGAUGUUGCUGCUAGUGUAAUAGCUCGUCAUCAAAGAAAUAUUAUUCGAUGACUUUUCUUUUAAAACAUGGUGUCCGCUAAACUGGAAAGUCAGUUAAAACAAUCUUGGUCAAGAAAAGCCAAUACAUUUGAAAAGUGGUCAGAGAUUUUUUUACUGUAUCAUUUUUUUUUUUUUUUU